GAGCGAGCAGUCCAAUCCCACUUCGGACGAAGAGGCGGAUGGGUGGCAAAGCGUGCAAAGCGUGCAAAGCGUACAAAACUCCUAGCCGCCCGUUGCUAUUCUGGUGCAUGUCUUGGCUCUCGUUUCUUCUUUCACGCCAUUGCGCCGUCUCUUCCCCUCCCCCUCUUCUCCUCUUGUUCUCCAAUUGCGAUCGAUGGAUUGGAAAGCCUCGACGGACGGCCAUGGUACCAAAAAAAGGUCCGAGUUUGGCCUCCUCCUCAUCAUCAUCAUCCGUCCCCCUUACUCGACGACUUGACCGGUACCACCGUGUUUCCUCGUAUCUCGCAUCGCCUCGCACGGCAUCGACGCCCGAUGAUGCCACCGAGCAGCAAAGGGCCAAGACGAUGCAUGACGGACGGAAUGCCCACUAAAUGAGGGUGGAAGAUACGCAACCGGGGAUCCCGUGGCAAAUUUGCCAGUGACAGAGCCCGGGCCAGCUUGCGCUCCUAUGCCGGCGAACAUUCUGUUGUUAUCUAUCUACAUAGUAGCCCGCCGAGUUGGCUCUCGACAGGGGCGCCAGAGGAGACAGAGAGAGAGCAAGCAUAGCAGUCUGCAUCACUGGUGGGCGUCUUGGCGACACGAUCUACCGCCGAGUCGCCAAGCAGGAAAAUCCCUCUUCUCUCAACG